UCCUCCUCCUCCUCCUCCCGCUCCGGCUGCGCGGCGGCGGCGGCGGCUGCGGGGCUGCUGCGCCCGGGGAGGGGGCUCGGGGACUUGGCCCGAAGUUGCGGCGCGAUGGGGAACGAGAGGUGGAAAACCAUGGGAGGAGCCUCGCAACUUGAGGACGGGCAGCAGGAGAAAGCGCAGAGGAUGAGCUGCGGGUACGUCCUGUGCACCGUGCUGCUGUCGGUGGCCGUCCUCCUGGCGGUGACGGUGACGGGGGCCAUCCUCUUCAUCAACCACUACCACGCGCCCGGCACCGAGCCGCCCCCCGUCAUCAGCACCAACCCCGAGGAAGCCAACGCCCUGGUCACCAUCGAGAAAGCCGACAGCUCCCGCAUCAACAUCUUCAUCGACCCCAACUGCCCCGACCAGGCGGGCGGUUUCGGGCGCCUGGAGGGGCUGCAGAGCUCCCUGCUGCGCGCCCUCUCCGACCACGACGCCGAAACCAAGGCCGCCAAGGGGCAGCAGAAGGCCCUGCUGGUCACCGUGGCCGACGAGGUGGCCAAGCUGCUGGCGCACGCUGCCCAGCUGCGCGCCGACUGCGAUGGCCUCAAGAAAGGGCACAGCGCCAUGGGGCAGGAGCUCAGCGCCCUGCAGGGCGAGCAGGGCAGGCUCAUCCAGCUGCUCUCGGAGAGCCAGGCCAACAUGGCUCGGCUGGUGAGCUCUGUCAGCGACGUGCUGGACACGCUGCAGAAGGAGCGCGGCGGCGCACGGCCCCGGCUCAAGGCCGACCUGCAGCGAGCCCCGGCACGGGGAGCGCGGCCCCGUGGCUGCUCCAACGGCUCCCGGCCCCGGGACUGCUUUGACAUCUACGCGAGCGGACAGCAAGAGGAUGGGAUUUACUCCAUCUUCCCCACGCACGACCCCGCGGGCUUCCAGGUCUACUGCGACAUGACGACGGACGGGGGCGGCUGGACGGUGUUCCAGCGGCGGGAGGACGGCUCAGUCAACUUCUUCCGUGGCUGGGAGGCGUACCGGGACGGCUUCGGCAAGCUGACUGGGGAGCACUGGUUAGGGUUGAAGCGGAUCCACGUGCUGACCAUACAGGGCACCUACGAGCUCCGCAUCGACCUGGAGGACUUCGACAACGGCACCGCCUUUGCGCACUACGGCAGCUUCGGCGUGGGGCUCUUCUCCGUCGACCCCGAGGAGGACGGGUACCCCGUGUCCAUCGCCGACUACUCGGGGACGGCAGGAGACUCCUUCCUGAAGCACAACGGGAUGAAGUUCACCACCAAGGACCUGGACAACGACCACUCGGAGAACAACUGCGCGUCCUUCUACCACGGCGCCUGGUGGUACCGCAACUGCCACACCUCCAACCUCAACGGGCAGUACCUCAAGGGCCACCACAGCUCCUACGCCGACGGCAUCGAGUGGUCCUCCUGGACGGGCUGGCAGUACUCCCUCAAGUUCACCGAGAUGAAGAUCCGGCCUGUCCGGGAGGAGAACUAGGGGAUGGCACGAGCUCCCCCCCCAGCCCCUGCCCUUCCCCAGCGCCCCGUGUCCCUGUGUCCCCGUCCUCCCAGCGCACCCCAGGUUGCCGUCCUCCCCCGGGGUCCCUCAGGAGCAUCAUCCCCCAGGGCUGGCGGCUGU